CCCACCUCGGCCUCCCAAAGUGCUGGGACUACAGGCGUGAGCCACCGCGCCCAGCCAGACGUCUGCAUCUUUAAGGGGCAACACCAGCAGGUUACAUGUGAAUGGACCCAGGCUGGGACAGAUCCCGUGGGCCUCGGCCGAGCACCUCCAGUAUCCGGGUUCGGGAGCUGAGCUGGCGAGGUCUGCACAACCCCUGCCCACAGAGCAAGAGCCCUGGCAGCCAGAGGGACAGCCUUGGAGAGCAGCUGGUGGAAGAGUACCUGUCCCCUGCCUGGCUGCAGGCCCUGGCCCGGGUGGAUGACCUUCGGCUGGUGAGGGCGCUGGAGAUGUGUGUGGACACUCGUGAGGGCAGCCUGGGGAACUUUGGGGUGCACCUGCCCAACCUGGACCAACUGAAGCUGAAUGGCAGCCACCUGGGCUCCCUGAGGGACCUGGGCACGGCUCUGGGCCACCUGCAGGUGCUGUGGCUGGCUCGCUGUGGCCUCGCUGACCUGGAUGGCAUCGCCUCUUUGCCAGCACUUAAGGAACUCUACGCCUCCUACAACAACAUCUCGGACCUGAGCCCGCUGUGCCUGCUGGAGCAAUUGGAGGUGCUGGACCUGGAGGGCAACAGCGUGGAGGACCUGGGGCAGGUGCGCUACUUGCAGCUGUGCCCACGCCUGGCCGUGCUCACCCUGGAGGGCAACCUGGUGUGCCUACAGCCAGCCCCCGGCCCCACCAACAAGGUGCCCAGGGGCUACAACUACAGGACAGAGGUGAGGAAGCUCAUCCCCCAGCUGCAGGUCCUGGACGAAGUGCCGGCCGCACACACAGGCCCACCAGCCCCCCCGCGGCUGAGCCAGGACUGGCUUGCGGUGAAGGAGGCCAUCAAGAAGGGCAACAGCCUCCCCUCGCCAGACUGUCCCCGUGGAGCCGCCAUCCGGAGACUUGACCCCGAGCUGUCCCUGCCUGAGACGCAGCCCUGGGCUUCCAGGCCCUGGCCCUUCUCCCUGCUGGUCCAUGGGGGCCCCCUGCCCGAAGGCCUGCUUUCUGAGGACGUGGCCCCAGAAGAUAACGCCAGCAGCCUCACCCAUGGUGCUGGCCAAGUCCUCUGUGGGAACCCCACCAAGGGCCUGCGGGAGCGUAGGCACCACUGCCAGGCCAGGGAGCCCCCGGAGCAGCUGCCCCAACACAGGCCAGGAGAUCUGGCCGCCAGCACUUCCACCCCAGAGCCUGACCCUGCAGACAGCUCUGACUUCCUGGCCUUGGCUGGGCUUAGGGCCUGGAGGGAAUGUGGCGUGCGCCCCCUCCCCUAUAGGCACCUGGACUCCCAACAGGAAGGGGCUGUAUCCCCCUGGGGCCUACGGAGGGUCCCUGAAGAGCAAGUGCACCAGGCAGAGCCCAGGACUCCCCCCAGCCCCCGAAGCCUGGCCUCAGAGCCCUCCAGGACCUCGAGUCAGCACCUGGUCCCUUCACCUCCCAAGCACCCAAGGCCACCACAUUCUGGCAGCAGCUCCCCGCGUUGGUCGACAGACCUGCAGUCCAGGGGGCGUCGGCUCCGAGCCCUGGGCAGCUGGGGGCCUGGCCUGGAUGAUGGGGUGGCUGCAGUGCCUGUCCUGAGAGCCCUGGAGGUGGCCUCAGGCCUGAGCCCUCGAGCCCAGGGACGUUGUGGCCCGAAGCCAGCACCAGAUGCAGCUGCCAGACCUCCCAGGGCAGCUGAACUCUCUCACCCCAGCCCCGUCCCCAUUUAACGUAGCCCCCACUGCCAAGCUUGCCUGUGCUGGGGCCACGAUUGCCCACAUAUGUGGUCACAGAGCACAGAACACCUGGGCGGGUGUGUUGGUGGGUGGAAGGAGUGCCUGGCCCUGGGGAGGACCCUCUUGGUGGAGGGGAGUAGGGGACUGGGACCAGCCAGGGAGGCAGCAGAGACUGGAACCCAGUUUAGGCCCCCAACUGGGUUUGGCCUGGGGAGGGAGGGUGCCGCUCCCCAGCCCUUCCUCAGGGCCAGGCUUUCCGGCUGGCACGGGGGUGGGGGGUGGUCACCCGGAGCAGGCCUGUCAGAGGCCUCUCCUGCUAGAGUUGGGCAUGGCCGAGGGGCAGGCGCUGGAGCUGCGAGUCCACCACUCCCUUGCCGGCCCCAGGUAAGAGCCACCUCCUAGGCCGCAGUGGCCCAAGGUCCCAGCUGCUCGCCCGAGGCCGCCGGGGGUGCGGCCCAGGCCUCCCGUCUCUGGGGGAUCUGUAGGGUUCCUGCGCCGCGAUAGGGCGGCCCGUUCCCUCCUCUUGACGCAGGACGCCCCGGAACCCAAGCGCAACAUUUUCAACUCUCAGGUGUAUAGAAAUGCAGUUUACUUUGUAGGCCACGUUGGUUCAAUAAAUGAUGCAGCGGACA